AUGGCUAUUCCAUCAUCAAGAGUGUUAAUAAACGAUCUGGAUAACAAAGAAGAGCUGUACGCGGUGUUGCAGGAAGAGUUACGCAAAAGUGGAAUUAAAUAUCGCAAGGAGAAACCCUCGAAAGCAUCUAACGAGAAAACCAAGUGUAAACGUAUCUUCAAAACACCCUUACAUGGGCUAGAGCUCACCGAUGUGCUGCUAGCAAACGGGGGAAUAGUGCAAAUUCCCCUGUUCGUAUCGAACGCAUGUCAGUUCAUUCUCGAAAAUGUAGACACGGAAGGAUUGUUUCGGAAAGCUGGGUCCACCAAACGUCAGCAACAGAUAAAGGCCAGUUUGGAGUCGGGUGUCCCGUUGGGCAAAUCGCACCACGUUAUUGAUGUGGCCAACAUUAUAAAGACAUUCUUUCGCGAUCUGCCCGAGGCACUUCUACCGUCCGGAAACGUGCAGGAAGCACUCAUCCGAUGUUUGCUCGGCGGCAACGACGAUAAGGUGCACAAGCUGAUGAUGACCUGUUUGCUCUUACCACCAUUGACACUCAACACCCUGGCAUACUUCAUGCAAUUUUUACACACGGUGUCCAUGCAUGCCGAAAAGAAUAGGAUGACGGCGGAAAAUUUGGCCAUAAUAUUAACACCAAGCAUCAUGCCCAUAACCGAGUCGGUCCAGCAAAGGUUUAACAGUCACGUCAAAGUACUUUUGUUGCUGAUUGAAAAUUCGCAACAGAUUGGCCUCAUCCCCGAGUUAAUUCUUAGCCAGCUGAAGGAAGACACUGGCAACAAUAUCAGCAUGGCUCUGACAAACGUCACGGACAAAAAGAAGAAAAAGCGUCGCAGUGGAUCGCUUACACGCAUGUUCAAUGGGUUCAAAAAAAUGGUCAGUGCCAUUGGAUCGUCGGAGAAUUUGGACAGAACCGAUGAAAAAGGCGACAAUGAUCCAACGUUGGUAAUCGGUACGCCUUGUUUGAGUAAAUCAGCUAAAAAAAGAAAAGUGACUGAUGGCAUUGCGUUCAGUGCCAAGAAAAAGAAGGAAGUAACAUCCCUGUUGCCGGAUAAUCAUGAUCUUCUGCCCAGCACGCCGCUCGUUGCUAAAGAGCCGAAAAAAAGCCGUCUAAGCCUUGGAGGAAGUAAAAAACCAAGCAAAGUGGUACAGCGGUUGUUGCCGACCGGUUCGAUACCUUCAAUAGCCGAAGGCAAACCAAUGGAACGCCGUUGGAGUGUGGUAGGUGCACCAUGGGGACGUAAAAAACAAAAUCGCAUCAAACUGCCAGACACGGAAAGUAGCGCAGAUCUGCUCGAUGGGAGAGCAAAGACUGAGGAUGAGUUCGAUUUGGAUCCGGCAGGGAAAUCCCUACUGCUUGCAGGUGGUCGCAUGUCGCCGGUGGUAUCAAUGCCCUGUCUGGUCAGUGCUGAGGGAUUGUCCAACAUGGCUGAUAACAUGAAUGUCGACAUGACAGAAUCGAAAGAAGACGGCGAAGAUGAAACCGAUGGCGACGAUUUCCUCAAGAUUCGACGCAGUGAAUAUGAAGCGAUAAAAAAACGAAUGUCGGAUAUUGAGUCUAAGCUGUCGAAAGAGUUCACCGCACUGGUCGGACGCGAAGAUGUGCUGCUGGACAAUGUAGAAGACAAGUAUCGACAAACGCUGGAACAAACGGAACCGAUAGAGGCAACCUGCGCAACGACGGACCAGCUGGCAAAGAGGCUCAGUCGUGAGUUGAAGAUUCGUCAGAGCGGCGAACACAAAGUGAUCCGAUCGCCAAGUGCAAGAAAAAUAGGCACCAUUCGGCGACGUAGCCGAGAAGCAGUUCGUCUUUCGCGCAAUCAAUCGUGGCACGUUGGUAAUGGAGCGCGAGAUCAGCAAGCUACCGUCACGAGUUGUGCCGUGGAUCUGUCCUUCUAUCCCAAAUCCGGUGUUUUGAAGCGCGGUCGUCCGAACACGGUACAGAGUGGUUUGAAAGCGCCGGAUACAACUGUGACCAUGUCCUGCCCAGAACCAGAGAAAAUAGGGAUGACAACGGAAAAAGAAAGCACGAAACCGCUUUCCUGUUUAGGGACGAGUGCAAGCGGCGGAAACUACACGGAUGAGGAAAAGGAAGAACAAUGGGUCAAUGCGGAAAGCUACUUCGAGACGCAUAACGUCACAGAUGAUGUGUCCAGUGUAAUGGAUUCAACUGCCGAGUUUCUAACACCUUGUAAGGUGCUGAUGGAAGAUUAUUUCAAAACGCCGGAUCAAAAUACUCGCCGAGCAUCCUUGCGAUCAGCUUCGAAACAGCAAAGUACCUUCUGCACUCCGUUGGUGUCAAGAGUGGAUGUAAACGUCCAGAGCGCGAAGACGCCCAUGCUGCCGCCGGUAGUUCCACCCCGAAUAAAAACUCCCGCCCGGACACCUAAACUUCCACCGCGCACACCGAGCAGCGCGACACGGCAGGUAAACUCGGUCAGCUUGCUAAAAUCACACAUUACCCCACUGCAGGAGGCUCAAAGUGGUCGUGCAUCAAUCGCACGAAUUCGCAGCCAAAACGCUGGUAUGGUAAUGGCCAAGGCAAAGCUUUUCGAUGGUCUCGUAUCGAACGCCAGCCUGGAUUCGCAAUCCGCCGGAGGAGCUUCGAAUCGAACACCGAUCUCAAACCGUCGCCAGAGUGCAAAGUUCCGAUCGGCAUUCGUUGCAAUGCCACAAACCGUUACAUCGGCUGACGGAAUACCGCGCGAAUCUGCCGUUCAGAUUCGGCAAAUACAGAAGUUACGAUCUUCUUCCGCCCAUCAUACAAAUGCGCACCGCAGUCCAAGGAAAUCUACACCGCGAAAGCGUGCCUUUACGAAGUCGACUCACGGCGGUGCAAUUAAUCGGCGUGAAAAGCUCCGCCAGGCUACGAAGGGCUCUUCAAGUGGAAUAACCUCAGCAGUAGGAGUUUCUUCCAAGGCUUUGCUCAACUCGCCACGAAUUGUACGACGAUUGCAGGAGAAUGUUCAAGAACAUUUAGCAGCGACGAACGUGAAUGUCGUACGUCUGUCGCCGAAUGUUAAGAAUAUGAACAGCGGAAAAGCGAUUGCUUCGCCGAGAUUAACGACACCACACAUCCGCAAACAAUUGCUUCGAAACUCACCCAGACGCAUCUUGGCUGCGACACCGGGCCGAGACAAUCGCAUGCCGCACGGUGAGCGAUUUCAAACGCCACUGAAAGCCACUCCACUAUCUCGCUUUGCCAUCAGUGCUGCGCCAGGCUUUGAAAACAGUCCCGAACGAUCACCUCAUACACGGGCGGCCAAUGUUCGUUAA